GAGCGCGAGCCCAAGGAGGAGAAGGAGCGCGCCAAGGCUGCGGCCAAGGACGAGGCUGCGCGAAAAGCCGCAGAGAAAGAAGCCAAGGCGAAGGUUCCUCCGAGCGAGAUGUUCAAGACGUUCGAAGAGUAUGCCGGCUUGUACUCUAAGUUUGGUGACGACGGAGUCCCGACCCACGACGCCGAAGGAGAGCCGUUGCAAAAGAGCGCCCUGAAGAAGCUCGCCAAGGCGCGAGGCAUGCAAGAAAAGGCGCACGACCAAUACCUCGCCAAACAAGGCAUUGAAAAACUGUCUGUGUGA